CCUCACCACAUUCGGAAAAAGACAUUUGACUCACCGCCGGUUAAGAAGUACAGGUCAAUGGAGGAUAUAUUGGCGAGGGCGAAGUACGCGGUGGUGGAGAAUGAGGAUUACGGUAGCCUCAUGUGUGAGCAAUGUGGCACCGGGGAGCAGCCGGAGGAGCUGCUGUUGUGCGACAAAUGUGACAAAGGAUUCCAUAUGAAAUGUGUGAGGCCGAUUGUUGUGAGGAUUCCGAUUGUUUCUUGGAUUUGCCCUAAGUGUUUAGGGGUGAAGAAAGUGAAAAAGUUCACGCAAAGGAGAAUACUUGAUUUCUUCGGGCUUCCAAGGAAUUUGCCUGAUUUCAGAAGGAAUAAUUCUUCUUCUCGGGGUACUAUGUGAGUGUUUCCCUUAGGGAAAGAUGAAAUUGAAGUCUAAGAAAGGAUGGAAAUCCAUUGUACCUCUUCAUUUAAAAGGAAAAUCCGUGAC